AUGGGAGUGACCAUUAGGGAAUCCUCCAGCAUCCCACGAGCAGCUGCUGCCCCUGCUCCACUAGGAAAGGGCAAACGGAAGUUUUCUGAACACCCCGAGCCUAUCCUUGAAUCUUCAGAUGAGAACGAUACUGACAUCUCACUCUUAGAAAUCAUGCCAGCUGAACCCAAACCCGUUGCUCCCUCGAGCAAGAAAAAUGGGAGCAGGCAGCAUCGUGGAGAGAGUAACAGCAACCCUCCACCAAAAAAGGCUCGAACUACAGACCCUCUCAUACCGGUUUCUUCCAAGGAGACAAUACCUCCUCCAUCUCCUAUCGACCAGACGACUCCACCAGCACCUGUCAACACACCUCCUCCUGCUCCUGCCGACCAGACGACUCCACCAGUACCUGUCAACACGCCUCCUCCUGCUCCUGCCGACCAGACACCUCCUGAUCAGUCAGGAGAAGUUUUCACUAACAUUCUUUAUCUUUUCUUUGGUCGCAAGGAGUUCUAA